AUGGCAUCACCAACCCAGUCCCUUACCCCAGUCUCAGAAAAUCGCAUUCUGCAUGUCAAGACAUGCCCUCGAUCUUGCGACAAGGCUGGCAGCGAUCUCGAAGAAUGGAGCCACUUUCACGACUUGGAAGGCCUCGCUGUCUGUCCCGAGCCGGUUCUCCUCUCCUUCAACCUCUACACGCCGCUUGAUGAUCCCAAGUCCGUCAUCAGCAUCCGUGCCUGCACUCUCGGUGAUGCCUCUACCGAGGACAACUUCCUCGCUGAGACGGAGUAUGUGGCCCCGGAUGCCAAGGGCGAGACCAAUUUUGGCCCCGAUGGACCCUCCCGUCGCAGUAUCAACGAAACGGUCGUCGGGGACGGGGCCACUUGCGGCUUGGACACUCCCAACAACACCAAGGUCACGGCUCUGCUCUCGUCGUGGGAUGCUGGCCGCGACAUCUCAGAUGCUGGUCUUACUACGCCGGCUGCUGAGUCUAAUGAGAACACCAAGCCCGACGUUGGGCGCGCCAUCGAACACUUGUCGACCCAUGUUAGUAAAGACAAGAGCUGCGAUGAGCUCAUCACUUUUGCCUAUCUCCGCGGUACCCUCGUUGGCCUGUACGCGGGAGGCCUUAUCGACAAGAAAAAAACAUCCGCAUCCAUGCUGAAGAAGCUGGCCAGCGAGAUGAAGGGAGCCUCCUCGCCCACGGCUCGCAAGGCCCUUGAAGUCUGCGGCGGUCAUCGAUCGUCAGCCGAUACCUUUGGUGUCGUGGCCGACGGCAGUGGUGAUUUUGCCGCCGUUCAGAAGAUCAUGAAGACGUGGAGCAACGGCCAAUGCAUGUCAGACAAGCCUGAGGUCAACAGCACACCCCUCAAGGAUAGCGACUUGUGGUCUUUUGACCUGUCGCCUCCCAUCGAAUCCUCGACCUCGGCCGGACGCCUUCGCAAGAGGGCCGACUGCCGCAGCAUCCGUGUUGUGGACAACGACGAUUGCGGCAAGCUGGCAUCGCGCUGCGGCAUUGGUGGAGCAGCCUUUGAGAGCUUCAACAGGGGAACAUCUAACCUCUGCUCGACGCUCAAGCCCGGCCAGCCCGUGUGCUGCUCAUCCGGUACCUUGCCUGACGUCAAGCCCAAGCCCCAGGCUGACGGUUCGUGCGCUACAUACGCCGUCGAAGCCAACGAGGGCUGCGCGGCUGUAGCAGCCAAGCACGGCCUCAAAGAGCAGGACCUCGAGAAGAUGAACGAGAAGACCUGGGGCUGGGAUGGCUGUGCUGGAGGCCUCGGUCUCAAGCAGCGCAUAUGUGUCAGCUCUGGCAAGCCGGCCAUCCCAGCGUCGUACCCGGACGCGCAGUGUGGCCCUACCAAGCCCGGGUCCAAGCUACCGACGGACGGCACAUCCCUCGCCGACAUCAAUCCUUGCCCGCUCAAGGUCUGCUGCAACGUGUGGGGUAACUGCGGAACGACGUCCGAUUUCUGCACCAUCUCCAAGACGGCCACGGGCAACCCUGGCACGUCCAAGCCCGGCGAGAACGGCUGCCAGUCAAGUUGCGGCACCAAGAUUGUCAACAACUCGAAGAAGCCGGCCCAGUUCCGCAAGAUUGCCUACUAUGAGGCCUGGAACUUCAAGCGUCCGUGCCUCAACAUGAACGUCCUCGACGUGGACCGGUCUUACACUCACGUCCACUUUGCCUUUGCCGAGAUUUCAUCCAGCAUGCAAGUCGUCAUCCCCGAUGACCAGAAGAAGCAAUGGGAUCUCUUUGUGGCGGCCAAGGACUAUCCCAAGAAGAUCCUCGCCUUUGGCGGCUGGGCCUUCUCCAAUGAAGGCCCCGGUGCCGGUCUGUUCCGUCAGGCUGUCAGCCCUGGAAAUCGGGGGGCCUUUUCUGACCGCGUGGUCAAGUUUGCCAAAGACAACGGCCUCUCGGGCCUCGACUUUGACUGGGAGUACCCCGGUGCCACCGAUAUUGAAGGCUCGCCUCCCGGUCAGGCGGAGGACGGCGAGAACUACUACCAGUUCCUCAAGCUCGUUCGCUCCAAGCUGCCCUCGGACAUGACACUUUCCAUUGCCGCAGCGUCUUCAUACUGGUAUCUCCGCAGCUUCCCCAUUGAGAAGAUGGCCGAGGUGCUCGACUACAUUGUCUACAUGACGUACGACUUUCAUGGACAGUGGGACGUCGGCAACAAGUGGGCGAUGCCGGGCUGUGACUCUGGCACGUGUCUACGCUCCCAUGUCAACUCGACAACGACCCAAGACAGCCUCGUCAUGAUCACAAAGGCCGGCGUGCCGACACACAAGAUUGUCGUCGGUGUCACAAGCUACGGUCGCUCCUUCAAGAUGUCCGACGCGGGUUGCCGUGGACCGCAGUGUACGUUCCUGGGUGCUCGCAACCAGUCGCCUGCCAAAAAGGGUCGUUGCACCGGUGAGGGGGGCUAUAUCUCCAAUUUCGAGAUUGAUGAAAUUAUCAAGAAGGGUGGUGCUAUCAAGUCGUGGUAUGACGCCGAAACGGACUCGGAUUACCUCGUCUACGAACGCGUCGAGUGGGUGGCCUACAUGACGGAGACGACCAAGAGCCGACGCAUCAGCUACUAUGAGUCUCUCAACAUGGGCGGCACUUCUGACUGGGCUGUCGAUCUCCAGGGUGAGGGCGAGCGUGGCGAGGAUGAUGGUGAGGACAGUGACUACGAGCCGGAUCCCAACGACGACAAGUCGCUCGAGCCGUGUCCGUACUCACCAACGACCAUGGACAACAUCUACAACCUCGACUUUAGGAACGAGAUACCACCCCACUGCGUGGGCAAGUACCUCAUCCCCGUGCUGCAUAGCAUGCUUAAGGAGGUCAAGAAGCGCUUCGAGGAGAUCCUCGGCGACGGUUACGACAAGUACUUCCGCUUGUAUGCCGAUCACGUCUUCACGAACCGUCACGAGGCUCUCUGGCAGCUCAUGAUGGACGAGGGCAACGACUACUUCAACUGCGAGAUCUUCUCCAAGUUCCCCUGCUGUCCCGGGUGCGAGGACCUCAACCGCCACAACUGCCAUAACUGCAUCAACGACUGCGAUGUCAAAGGGAGUGGACACCCGGGCUGGGAGUGGCGCAAGAAGAAGAUGCCCUGCCCUCCCGACUACUCGAAGCGCGGCAUGGAUCCCUCGAAGUACUAUAUGGCAUCGAUCUUCUGGGACUACAAGAGCGACGAGACGAAGAAGGACUUUGUCAACGAGAUCUCGACCGUCGUCGGCGUUGGUGAGGAAGACAUCUAUUACCCCGAGCACCGCCCCCAUUAUAAAUCAAGGCUCGCCAUUGAGAUGUGCUUCGGCAGCCAGCCCGGCGGCGACACGUCGUACGAAGCCAUGAAGGGCGAUUGCCAAGGCGAGCACUGGUGGCACAAUGCCCCGACCAUUGGCACCGGCUUCACUGUUGAGGACAUUUUCAACCCCAAGACGGAGAUCAGCUCGACCCUCAAGAACGUCAACAUUGAGAGUAUCCUCGCCGAGUACGAGCUGUCCGUGACCGCCGAUGAGUACGACGGGGACUCCUUUGACCUCAUCGACGCCCUUGUCCUGCCCAUCUUCAUGAUGUACUCGGGUCUCGAACACAUGGAAAACGUCGUCGAGAUGGGCAAAGACAUUGAGGAGGCCAACAAAAUCGCCCUCAUCACGAAUCUCCUCUCGGCCGUGCUCCUCGUCGUCGGCGGCUUCGGCGGCGUCGCGGCCGGUGCCGCCUCAACGGGCCUGCGUCUCCUCGGCCGCACGCUUGUGAGCCUCUCCGAGGCCGGAAACACUGGUCUCGGUCUCUACACGGCCGUGAGCGAUCCCAAGACCAUUCCUCUCCUCAUCUUUGGUCUCAUCAUGAGCGGCACCAACCUCCGUAGCGCCACCAACGUUGGCAAGGCGGCCAAGUUGAGGCGUGACAUGAGCGCUGAACAGAUUGCGCGCAUCAGCCCCCAGGCCAGCAAGAUGGCUGGCAUCGCAUCCAGCGCUCAGAAGAGGCCCCCCAAGCUUGACCUUUGCCGGUAUGCUUAG